AUGAGCACCUCACUCAUUAGCAGUCGAAGCUCCAAUACGGAAGAUAUCCGCGACUCCAGCAUGAUAGAACCAGAAAAUGGCGACAUUGGUCAACUUUCAGAGAACGACGCCCAGGCCAUUCUCCUCUUCGAAGAAGCUAUUGAGAAGGAAAGUCAUGGAAAAAUGGCAGAUGCAGUGGAGAAGUAUAGAAGUGCAUUUCGACUUAAUGAUCAGGUCGACUUGUUAUACCGCAAUGAAAAGGUGCCUCACAACAUCCACAAGCUAAAACAGAAACAUGGCAAAAACACAGCCAGACGAAUAGAUGAGGCAGCCUUGAAAGACAUGGACGUAGACAAGCUUAUUGAGAGCUACGAGCAUAUUGAGGCACAGGCAUUUGAUCCUAGUAAUCCCUCGCAUAUUCAUGAUGGUUUAACUAUCAAGUUCAGUGGAUUGGGACUCGAUAACCAUGAAGAAAUUGCCGAUGUUUCGCCAAUAUCACCGUUGAUGAACAUGCUGGCAUUCAUAUGGGAGCAGAUCUUGGAGAUUUUGUUGGUAACUAGCCCUCAGUCGUGGUUCAAUUUUUCUAUCACCUGUCGUCACAAUGCAUUUCUCGGUUUUGGCAACAAGGCGAUGUGGCGAAAAUUGUGCUUUUUGGUGUAUUCAAAGCAAGUUUAUCAAGAAAAUGUCGAGUAUCUAGAAAAUCUCACUCUUGAAGACCGCUUGAAAGUUCAAGACUGCGACUUGCCUAUUCCCAACAACCAACACUUGGUGGUUCCACAAUAUAACAAUUCAUGGAAAUACAUGCUUCGUCACCGGCCGUUCAUCAAGUACGACGGUUGUUACAUCAGCGUGGUGAACUACUAUCUGGAGGGAGGAAAAGGAGAAUUUUCCAGCAGUUGGUCGAACCCAGUCCGCACCAUAACUUAUUUCCGCUAUCUUCGGUUCUAUCCUGACGGUACCUGUAUCAAGGUUUUGUCGGUGGAAGACCCAAAAAACAUCGUGCCGUAUCUACUGAAGCAUACAGAGCUGGGUUUAAUUCCGUCUACUACGGAGUCUGUGACGAAAGACAGCCAGAAGAUAUAUACUGGAAAAUGGACGAUAUCUUCCAGCGGCGAAAUCACCAUAGAAAUCGCAAACGGAUCGGUGCCGUACUAUAGGUUUUUCUACCAACUACAAAUCAAGCCUUUGGGCGGAAUCUACAGGCACAAUAAACUCGCAUGGGUCAACUACUAUGCGGUUAGAAAGCGCAUGAGUGAUAAUGAUGAUAGAGAAGGAGAGAUCACCAACUUUUCGUUAAAGAAGGAGAAAGCAUUCAAGUUUCUGCGCGUGCGCAGUUAUACAGUAGACAACUAG